UGGAAUAUUUAUUAUCUUAUCACGUACAUGCAUCGAGUGUUACUUUCUCUUCUGUUACACGCAAUGAAACCAGCGGACUGAUUAUGUUGCAAUAUGGCACAAAAUAACGAUCUAACAAGCAGCCUCCAAACCCAUUUUAUUUGUGAUGUCUGUAAUAAGUUGUUCACUACAAAAUACUCGGUAUCGAAACAUCUUCGGACUUGUGGUGUGGCGAACUCGUUGAAAUGUCAGUGGUGUAAAAUAAUUUUUAAAAAUCGGGGCAACUUAGUCACACACGCUGCUCGCAUCCAUGGCGAUUACAGUUACAAAGCUGCUUCAAACUUCAAGUGUCAAGUGUGCGAGAAAACAUUCAACCAGAGAUUCCAACUCACAUACCACAUACGGAGAGAACACUUCAACCUACAAGCCAAGACGCCCUACUGUGAAUUAAAAAAAAUAAACCAAGUGUGGUUUGAAAAUGUUCUAAAUUCAAAUAGUGUCCUAGAAAUAAAAAAAACUGGCCACAACACACUAGUGAUGAGAAAACUAGACGAGAACACUGGCAUAAAAGUCAGUGAUACCAACACAAAAAUAACAGAUUUAUCAAGUUUAUAUCCAGUACAUAAUAGGUCUAGAGUUAAAGUCCAAUGUCAUAUAUGUAGAAAAAUGUAUCUCAAAAUCACAAUUAAAAAACAUAUGGACGAAAAACACUCUAAUGUUAGGAAACACGAGUGUAAUAAUUGUAAGAGAACUUUUAAAAGAGCUUAUUUUUUUUUACAGCAUGUGUGUAACAAGAUACCUAAAAGGAAAGGGAAGAAAACCAUUGUUAUUGAGAGUGUACAAAGUUUAAAGCCUAUCGAAAUAUUAUAGUUUUUUUACAGUUGUGAACCCUCGACAAAAAACGGUGUGGCCCAGGAAGCGCUGGUGGCCUAGCGGUAAGCGUGGCGCGUAGAGCGUGCGACUUGCAAUCCGGAGGUCGCGGCUACAAACCCUGGCUCAUACCAAUGAGUUUUUCGGAUCAUUUGAUAUUUACUAGUCGCUUUUCGGUGAAGGAAAACAUCGUGAGAAAACCGAACUAAUCCCAUUAAGGCAGUCGCUUUCGUAAAAACUAGUGCCCACGCUAAUUCGUGGCAAAAUGCGAGGAAGAUAAGACAAAAAGAGGGAUAUUAUAUUUAUAAGUUUGACUGCUAUGUAUGUAUUUGAAAACCGGUUUUCUAGCGCUGGUUCAUAGACACAUUCUAUCAAAAUCGGUUCAUCCCUUUCAUUGUGUUGGGUUUUUUUUAAAUUAUUUAUAUGAAGUUAAGGAUGUCUGCUUAUAGUAGCCUCUAAUGGGCCACACACAACAGAUACAAUUUUCAAACUAAAAUAGAUGUCAUAUAUUAAAGAAAAAGUGACGAAGCCCUCCAGUGGUGAAGGCCGGAUUCAAACCGGCGUCUUUAGCAAACCGGGCAUAUAGUCGAGAAAUUGGAACCGGUUCCGCCGUGGUGGGGUGGCCUAGGGCGUUACUCAAUAUAAAUGGGUGGUUCAACUUUUAAGUGUUGUUUUUAAGGUUUCGUACCCAAAGCGUAAAAAGUGGAUGGCCCAUUCUGGAGAGCGACGAGACGCCCGGCCGGUUAAUAUGACAAUAACUUUAUGGAAAUGUUCUAAUACGGGUUUAAAAGUAACGGUUUUUCGAGCGAAACCGAAAUCAAAAGGUUGUACGCCAAGUACAGUCAAGUGUCAAAAUAUGGGUGCAUAUAACUUACUCGAAAACAUGUCCCAUAGUUCUUAAUCCGCUGACAUUAAAGAACUAUGGGACAUAUUUUCGAGUAUGAUGUGUGCACCCAUAUUUUUACACUUGACUGUACAUGAUAUCGAUUUGGAAAUUUAACCGGUUUCCGUGCCUUGUUUAUAACUACCAUAGAGAUGCAUGUUGCAUUUAAAUCCCAUAAAAUCAGGGUUUUAAGAGUUGUCCUGCGGCCGUAGCAUUUUCAUCGCCUGUCACGUUCUAACAAGUACAUAUUGUACAUAAGUGCGAAAGUGACAGGCGAUAAAAAUGGAACUAUGCUGCUACCGCAGGAAAACGUAUAUAACCACGGCAAGAAGUGAUACAAAAAGUUGAAUCACCCGAAUAAUUCACUUAUUUAACCCGUCGAAAGACCAACAUACAGAAAAGUGACCCAUAUUGCUCUAUAGAACAGUCAAAUGCAGAGAAAAGGUACCCCACGUCCAUACCAAUUUAGAACUUUGUAUGCAGGGGGGGGGGUGCCUUUUUACCUAACACACGUGUGAUACCAAGUCGCUACGAACCAAAUUGAGUUAGUAUCACACGUGUUACUAGGUAGCUUGAGAGGUUAAUUUUAGUAUUCACUAAAUGUUUUUCGUUUUUUUAACUACCUAUACACUCAAAAGAUUUGUUUAAGUAUAGUACCUAUUUAUUUUUAUUUGUAAAUAUUUGAUCAUUGUGAAUGUCCAAGCUUAUAAAUCUUAUAAUUUUAUUUGCUAGAUGAGAAAUAUAUGAAGUAUAAAUAAAAAAAUCGUAAUGAAAAUUGAAUUUUAUUUCAUUCAAAUGAUCAGUAAUCAUCGGCAAACGUUUAAAUUAUAAAAAAAAAAAAAACAGUAUAGCUGAACUUUUAUGCUUUCUACGAAAAUCGUUCUGUACAAUUAUCGUUUUAUAGCCAAAGAGUGAAAAAUUUGCACUAGGGUCUCGAAGGGGAAACAAGAAACAAACAUAAGAGUUUAAUUAAGUAUUUAAGUAAGUACCUAUAAACAAAUGUAACAUGUGUUUAUUCUAGCUUACUUAUCGCGGCUACUUAUACUUAAGCGCGGCUUAGAAGACUUGUAUGCUAAGCGCCAUCUCCGUAAGACGCGCCCGAAGCCUUCGUACACCUACACCUACAAUUCAGCCGGCCAGCUCCAUUGCGUACCAUGCAAUCGCAUCUUCAAAUCCAAGUUUGGCUUCGCAAGCCACAUUAGAGCGUUCCAUGCUUCCCAUUAAAAACGGUUGGAGUCGCCGUCGUCGGACACGGCGAGGAGGACAUUAUUAUUAUCUCUACACAAGUUCUCUUAUGAAUUAUAAAACAAGUUAAACAUAUUAAUCAUAUUAUGAAUCUAUAUCUCCACACACAUUAAUUUUGUAUCAAGCAGAAAUGUCUUAAACGUGGACCCCCUAAGGCUCAUAUAUAUGGUGGUUUUUUUUUUUCCAUUUUUAAUUUAUGUUCACACACAUUCUCGAAAUAAAUACAAAAACAGUUUAACACCUUA